CGUUUAGCAAGAUGGGUGAUGAAGCGGAGUAGAUCACGGGAUACAAGAUCUACACAAUCACAACCUAUAAGGAACGUCAUCUUUUGUAGUUUAUUUUUUAUUUUUUUUUGUAUUUUUGAUUUGAUGCCUUUGGAGAAAUCUUCUGACUUGCAUGAAGUUUGAUUACCAUGAGUCAGCAGCCUCAGCAGAAGGCUUCGAGUAAAAGGACGGGAAAAAGAAUCACUUUUUUCAGUGACCCGCAAGUCCACCCCGUGACUAAUAAAGAGCAGCAAUUGAAAGACCAGCAGUUAUAUGGGACGGUGUCUCGGUUGCCCAUCUCCCAGGGUUCUGAAUUGACCAAGCCAAAUUCUUAUUCUGCUGCACCUAACAAUAUGCUGAACACAGUCAUGUACACUCAAGAGAGACCUGACGGCAUCAGGAUUACCCAGCAGCAGGUUCCUGGAAAGUGGACCACUGGUGAUCGCAAUGAGGCCACUUGGGCAGCUCAGCAAGCCAACAUGUGGCAGAGAAGUGCAGCUGGCUAUCCUGUGCAGAUGGUGCCUUCAUAUUACAACCAUCAUGAGCCGAUCAAGAGAAGCCAAGAUAAGGGAGUUGGAGUGUCCCAGUUAGACAUGUAUGGGGAUGCGCUACAGCAAAUGAUGUCUCAGAAGACACAGUUGGAGCAGCAUCAGCUAGCUCAGCAGCAGGCCCAUUUAAACUCCAUUUUGCAAGCCCAACAACAACAGCAACAGCAGCAGCAACAACAGCAGCAGCAGCAGCAUCACCAAACUCAGCAUCUUGCGUUGCAGUCUUUCCAAAUGGCAUUUGGACAUCAGGGUCAAAAAACAUCACUGCAAAAUAUAUUCCAUGUGUUUCCAGAUGCUCAAUCGAAUGCCAUGUAUGCCGCUCAGCAGAAGCAACAGCAGGCUCUUCCUAAACUGCCGCUGUUUGAGAAUUUUUACCCCUCACAGCAGCAGCAGCAACAGGCAGCUUAUGCCAUGCAGCAAGGCGUUCCCCUAAACCAGCAUGCAGCUACCCAGCAGAAGAUCUCUGUGAUGAGCCAGCCACAACGUGUUCCCACAUCCGAGGAAUACAUGAAAGUUUUUGCCGAGCAGCAGGGCCAGCAGUCCGUUCUGCCCAAAUCUCAAAUACCCUUGCCACGCAGGUCACGAAGACUUUCCAAAGAAGGACCAGAACCUUUACCUCCCACUGUGGUUGGACAUUCAAAUAACCCUUAUGCACACCACCAGUACGAACAGGGAGUGCAACAACAGAUGUGUGUCCAAGAGAGGUACAAGCCGAUUGCACCAAGAGAUGCCCAAGAAACCCAGCAUGGCAACCGCGAUGAUGCAGACAAUAUGUCUCUACCUCAGAAUGGUAGAAGAGAGGUCCAGCCAGCUGACCAAAACUCCAUGGGGCCAAUGCAGCCUGAUGGAGCAGGAGCUGUGACUGUGAUCCAGUCAACCCGGCGAAGGCGCCGCAUAUCGCAAGAGGCCAAUUUAUUUACCUUAGCACAAAAAGCAGCAGAAAUGCCAAAUCUUGAAAACACUAAGGAUAGUGAGACUUUAGGAGUGAAGAAUGAGACUUUGAAGAGCAAUGCAGAAAUUCCUGGUGCAUCAUCCCCUAAGAAGGCCCGAGGGGAAGGAGAAUUGAGACCCCUGGUAAUGCCGGUGUCUGUACCGGUGAAAAUAGAUACUGGCCGAGAAAAGGGAGAUGAUGAAAGGACAGUAACGUCUGAAAGGCUUCCAUCUGCAUCAAUGCCAUCUGUGAUCGUAACAAGGCAUAGGGCUGGGCAUACAGGUGUCUCCGAACCUGCUGUACAGAACAAUGACACCGCUUUGUCAGAGGUUCCUUGCCGAAAGCCCAAGCAGCGACCAAGACCAGAACCAUUGUUUAUCCCUCCCAAGCCUGGCACGUUUGUCGUCCCAGUUUACACCAACAUAACUCCUUAUCAAAGCCACCUCCGUUCUCCCGUUCGAGUUCCUGAGCACCUGAGUGACAGAAACUUUGAGUUGCCCCCUUACACACCGCCUCCAAUCCUCAGCCCUGUGCGUGAGGGCUCUGGACUUUACUUCAAUGCCAUCAUAUCGGCUAACACACAUUCAAUGCCUCCACCAAUUACCCCAAAAAGCAGCAUGAGAACCCUGCUGAGAUCUAACAGUGGAGAAGACAUGCCGCCCUUGCUAACAGCAGAAGCAACGCCUGUUAGCCUUGAACCACGUAUUAACAUUGGCGCACGCUUCCAGGCAGAUAUUCCUGACUGCGGAGACAGAAGUCUGGCCGCUGCUGACAAGUAUAAAGCAGACUUGGUUUGGUGUCCCCUGGAUAACUUGGAUGAUAAUAAAGCAGUUGAGGAGUUGCUGACAGCAGCCUGCUCCAGCAUCGUACCAGGCGGAGGCACCAAUCAGGAGCUAGCCCUUCAUUACCUUCAUGAGUCCAAAGGGAACAUUUUGGCCGCUCUUACAAAGCUGCUAUUGAAGAAACCAAAAAGGCACAAAGACCAUCACCUGGCAAACUAUCAUUACUCUGGUUCAGACAAGUGGUCUGUAAAUGAGAAGAGACUUUUCAACAAGGGAAUGGCCAUCUAUAAGAAAGACUUUCUGCUGGUUCAGAAACUGAUUAAAACAAAGACUGUGGCGCAAUGCGUGGAGUUUUACUACACCUACAAAAAGCAAGUGAAGAUAGGACGGAACGGCAUGCUGAUAUUUGGAGAUGUGGAGCUUGCAGCCGAUGAGAAAAACCCUAGAGAAGAUUCAGAGAUUGAUAUAAAGACUUCUCAGCGACUUGGAGCAGGCAUUCCUCCCCAAAACACAGAAGGUGAUGAUGCAGAGACGGAGAAUAAUGUGCACGCCGCAAUGGAAGAGGAGGAUGAAAGGAGGAAUGCGCCUUCCCAAAUAAAAGUUACACAAACUUUACAAGCCAGUGAAAUAUCAAAUGACACACUCAUCUUAAGAAAUCAAGACAUGGACAUGUCAUUGACAGUAAAGACCCCCAAACCGAGGGGGCGAAGACCACGGGCGAGUAUUCCUGCAGAUGAUGCAAAAAAGACUGAGAAUGCAAACAAGACUCCAGCAGCACAAGAGGGCACUUUCCCUUGUAAAAAAUGUGGCAGGGUCUUCUUUAAAGUGAAAAGCCGCAGUGCACACAUGAAAAGCCACUCGGAACAGGAAAAGAAGGCAGCGGCUCUGAAGCAGAGUGAAGCCGCUGCUGCGGCCGCUGCGAGGGCAGCUUUAGUCGCGCGGUCCCAGCAGAUGGAGAGCAGUGACAACGGGAGCAGCAGUGACAGCGGGAGCAUGACCAGCAGCAGCAGUGAGAGCUGUGACAGUUCAGAUGGUGAGAUAUAACUGGAGCUCUCCGCUGGCGCAGUGAGGCUGGAACCUCGCUUCAUUCCCUUAACUUUUUUUUUGUUUUUUGUAAUUGAACGCUUGCAAUUUCUGCAAGAAUCAAACUGAUGAACAGUAGACUCGGGACUUUUUAUCUUCUUAAAUUAACUAUUUAUUUGGUAAUCUACAGUGUAUCAUAUGUUUUGGAAAGUAAACCUAUAUUUUCUAUCUUACCCUUGUGCCUGUAAAGACAAGUUACAUAAAGAAAAAAAUAUAUAUAA